AUGGUUUGUGAUAAAUGUGAGAAAAAGCUUGGACGCGUCAUCACCCCUGAUCCUUGGAAGACGGGAGCGCGUAAUACUGUGGAAUCAGGAGGUAGGAAAGUCGGUGAAAACAAAGCAUUAACAGCGAAAAAAGCCAGAUAUAAUCCGUAUACCUCGAAAUUUUACGAAUGCAAGAUUUGCCGAACCAAAGUACAUCAAGUCGGUUCACACUAUUGCCAAGCCUGCGCUUACAAGAAGGGAAUAUGUGCUAUGUGUGGGAAGAAAAUACUUGAUACUUCAAAUUAUAGGCAGAGUUCGACUUAA